AUGAACUUCCUCCCCUCCCUCCGCUCAGCCAACUCGCCAUCCUCAUGGCACGCCAUCCGUACCUCUGCUACAUCAACAUCCGCACAACGAAGGCUUCAUGGACUAAUCAGGACCCACAGACCUCUUCCUGCUGCAACAACAUGGUUCUCAACUAUACCGACCAAGUCCAGCAAGCCACUUCGAUCCCUCUCAACUUCAACCAAGAAUCCGUCUGCAUCUGGUGGCGAUGACCAGUCAGCUCUCAAAGCUCUCAGCAUCCGUCAGCGAAGGGCGGGGACCUGGCUGCCCAAGUGGCAGACUCUGACCCUCUCCACUGACCACGACUCCAAAACGUGUUCCUUCCAGUCCACGCCAGCAUCACGAGGCUCUGAUAAGACAGCAGCAGGAGCGGGAGAAUCAUCAACGACGGCGACAGAGACAGAUAUAGAUGCGGCUAAGCACUUGCUCUCGCCACAGACGGCGCUGGCGGUGUUCUUACCCAAAGGGUUCCCGGAAUCGGUCACGCCCAACUACUGGCCGUUUGCAAAGUGGCAGUUUGUCCAUAAUGUUGCAGGAUCUGUCACAGCAGUGAUAUCGACCCAAUCGCUCUUGUUUGCAAUGGGCCUCGGAGCAGGAUCCAUACCCAUGGCAGCAGCCCUCAAUUGGAUCAUCAAGGAUGGAUUGGGACAGCUGGGCGGUGUCAUUUAUGCGUCCUUUGUGAGCGACAAGUUUGACUCCGAGCCAAAGCGGUUCCGGUUCCAGGCCACCGUUGCCAUGCAGGGCGCCAAUGUGUUAGAGUUGCUGACCCCGCUCUGGCCAGGAUCUUUCCUUGUGAUCGCUUCGAUCUCGAACAUCGGUAAAAACAUGGCUUGGUUGGCCAGCUCUGCGACCCGGGCACAGAUGAACAAGACCUUUGCCCUCCGGGACAACUUGGGAGACAUUACUGGAAAAUCAGGAUCGCAGACAACUGCAGCAGGGCUAGUUGGUACAGGAUUGGGUGUUGUGAUCGCAGCAUUGAUGAGUCAUAUUUCAGAGGACCCGACUGUGCUCCCAUUGGUACCAAUGUGCCUGACCUUCUUGCCGUUCUCGAUCUUCAACAUCUACUCCAACUACCGAUCCAGCCACUAUGUCACGACACCAUCACUCAACAUCCCCCGAGCCGAAACAGUCUUUUACAGUGUCAUAAAGGAACUCGUCUUUGACAAGGAGCCAGAACAGAAGAGAGAGAAACUGUCUCUCGCAGAGUUGGUGCACAAGUUGGAGGAACUUGUACCAACACCCAUGCAAGUGGCGCACAAGGAGGUCUUUGUAUCGGCAUACCAGUCGCCCUUCAAAGUUGGUAUUGAGGUUGAACCGGCAAUCCAUCGGUUUGCGGGACGUGACAAAAGAACGGAGGCGCUGGAUCAGGCGUUUAGGCAGGUGAAUCUGAUCCAGAAAGAGCACUAUUAUAUGAUGGCAGAUAUCAGGGUGAACAAGGUGGUGAUUUGGUUCGACAAGAAGGCCAAGGGCAAGGAUUUGGUUCAGGGAUUCUACCAUGCCUGUGCGACUAGAGCGAUCAUGGAGCAGCAGCACCAGGGCAGUGGUAGUGGGGUUUCGAAGGAGGAUCAGUGGAACAUGGCUAUUCGACAGGCACAUGAGGAGGCUAUAGAGACUGGGCCGAGGUUGGUAGAGGUAAUGAGACAGAAGGAGUGGGACACGGAUAGUUUAUUCCUCACAGACGGCGAUCGCAACCGUAUCCAAAUAGAUUAA